AUGGAUUCGGCGGCGACGGCGCGCGAGCGCCUGAGCGACGUCGACGAAGCGACGCUGAGCGAGUUGUUCAGGUGGUCGAUCGAGAAUAGCGAUUUGGAACGCUUGGGUGAGAUGGCGCGGGAAGCGUCGGGGGACGGAGAGGGGAGAGGUGGGAAGGGGACGUUCGCGGAGAGAGCCGAGGCGGCGCUCGCGCGAGCGCGCGGACGCGGAGGGGAAAAGACCGAGGCGAUCGAUGAUGGCGGACGAAAGAUCGAAAAGGUGUUUCCGAAGAAACCCAUGACGAAAGAGGAGAUCGAUAAGAAGCGGGCGGACGUGCGGGAGGCGCUGGACGUGAUCAAAUCGGGACCGUCGACGCACGCGUACGCUCGGGAGUGCGGCGCCGUAGCGGCGGCGAAGAACGAGACCAAGGAGCGGAGAGUGGCGGCGCUGUCGAUCUUGUACGAUUUAGUGGCUCCCAUUGACGUAGCGAACGAUCUCGAUAAGCUCGGCGUCGCGGAAGCGCUGGUUUCCGCGCUCGGGGAUCCGGACGAGGACGUCGCAAGCGGCGCGGCGAGCGCCCUCGCGAGCGCCGCGUCGAACAACGUCAUGGUUCAAGGAAUCAUCUACGAUCGAGGUGGGGUGGACCUUUUGUUGAAACUCGUGUCUUCAAAGUCGACCCCGGGAAAGACGCGGCAUAAAUCGCUCUGGGUGCUCGGGAUGUGCCUUCGCACGCACGAACCGUCGAGGGAGAAAUUUUUUGCGUCGGGCGGCGCUCGAGUGUUGGCCGACGUCUUAUCCGACGACACGCCCGCGAAGAUGCGCACACGAGGCAUGGCGCUUCUGGGCGAUCUCCUACACAUCGACGGCGUCGCCGAGGAGGUCUUCAGGGACGAGACAGUGGGGAAGAGAUUGAUCGCCGACGUCGUGGAGCGCGCCGCGGACGCGCGCGCAUCCGCGGAUGUCGUCGAGAAAUCCUUGAUCUGUCUCAUCGCGGCGCGUGAUCGCGGAUUCGGCGUCGCGGUCGAUGUGAUCAACUCCUCGAGCGCGCGGUUCACGUCCAUCGCCGAGCGCUUCGCGAGCGAGGAAGACGAGUACGGCUCGGAGGUGGCGAGACUCGCUCGGACGCUCGCGCGGCGCGCCCGACCCUCGCGCCGGGCGGAUGAGCUCUAG